AUGGGUAAAGAAGUUGUCAUUGGUUUAGUUGGUAAACCUUCAAGUGGGAAAUCAACAACAUUAAACUCCUUAACCGAUGCAAAUGCAAAAGUUGGUGCAUUCCCAUUCACUACAAUUGAUCCAAACAAAGCAACAGGAUACCUCGAAAUUGAUUGUGCUUGUCAAAGAUUCAAUCUCCAAAAUAAAUGUAAACCAAAUUAUGGAUAUUGUAGAAAUGGUAAACGAGGAGUUCCAAUCAUGUUAUUAGAUGUUGCUGGUUUAGUACCAAAUGCACACUUGGGUAGAGGACUAGGUAAUAAAUUCUUAUCUGAUUUAACUGAAGCUGAUUGUUUAAUUCAUAUUGUUGAUGCUAGUGGUACUACCGAUGCUGAGGGGAAAGCUACUCGAGGAUAUGAUCCAUUAUAUGAUAUAGAAUGGUUACAAGAUGAAAUUUUUAGAUGGAUAUUGGGAAAUUUAAAAGAAAGAUGGGGUUCAGUUGUUCGAAAGCAUAUAGGUACAAAAUCAACAACAUUAGAAACUUUAAGACAACAGUUGGGAGGAUAUUCUGCAAAUAAACAAAUGGUGGGGAAGGCUCUAGAUCUAAUACCCAAUUUACCACCAUUGCAAGAUUGGAAUUCAGAUAUAAUUGAAAAAGUAGUUAAGGCAUUCAUGGAGAUUAAAUUUCCAACAGUAUUGGCAUUGAAUAAAAUGGAUCAUCCAGAUUCUGAUAAAAAUGUGUCUAAAAUUAUCCUUAAAUAUCCUAAAUCAAAAGCAAUACUAACUUCUUCAAUAACUGAAGUAUUUCUUAGGAAGUUAGCCAAUCAAAAUUAUAUAAAAUAUGAUUCAGGUACGGAGUUUAUAGACACGAAAGAAGAUCUACCUGAUGAUCCUGACCUAAAAGAUCUAGAUGAGAAAUUAAAAAAUAGAAUAGAAAAUAUUAGAGAUCUUGUAUUGUAUAGAUUUGGAUCAACUGGAGUAGUUCAAUUAUUACAAGCAGCUGCUGAUUUAUUACAUUUAAUUCCAGUAUAUCCAGUUAGAAAUAUUCAUAAUUUCACUGGUAAUUCAAACGAUUAUGUGUUUCGAGAUUGUAUAUUAGUUAAGCGGGGGACUACUGUGAUUCAAGUUGCGAGGAAAAUUAUGGGUGAUGUUACUAUUGCGGCUAUUGAAGGUGUUGGCGGUGUUAAAAUUGGUGAGGAAGAUAUUGUAGAUAAAGGUAAAAAUGAUAUUUUACUGUUUAAAUUAGUACCAAGUAGUAAAUAG